AUGGAGCUGGUGAGCAGACAGGACCCCCACCUGCGAGAAGUGCUGCGGUUUGGGCUGUGCUGCAGAGCCCUGACACUCCUCCUGCAGGCCCUGUUUAACCUCCUGAUCCCAGACCACGCUGCAGAUGCCUUCUCUCCCCCUCGCCUGACGGAUCCUGGCCUGUGGGACCUGCUGGUGGAGCAGCUGCUGGGGGGGCUGUCCCGCUGGGACGCCGAGCACUUCCUCUUCAUCGCCGAGCGCGGUUACCUGUACGAGCACAACUGUGCCUUCCUCCCCCUCUACCCCCUCAGCCUCCUCACCACGGCCUGGGUUGCCCUCUGGCCCUUCCAGCAGCUGCUGUGCCUGCGGAGCCGCCUCCUGCUCUCAGCCCUGCUCCUCAAUUCCCUCUUUUCCAUCCUGGCAGCCCCUGCCCUGUUCCAGCUGGGCUGCUCCGUGCUGCGCUGCCGCCGGGCGGCUUUCCUUGCUGCCCUUCUCUUCUCCAUCAGCCCUGCCAAUGUUUUCAUGGCAGCUGCUUACUCGGAGAGCAUGUUUGCCUUCCUGGUGUUCACUGCCAUGUGGCAACUGGAGAAGGGGCAGAGCUGGCUCAGUGGAUUGCUCUUCUCCCUGGCUUCUGGGGCACGUGCCAACGGGAUAAUUAACUCUGGAUUCAUUCUCUACUCAAGCUGCAAACGCUUUGCCCUCCAGCUCCAGGUGGGUUCAGGAUCCCUAAAGAAGCUCCCUCUGGUGUGGAAGCAACUCCUGAGCGUGGCAUCUUCAGCCCUUCUGAUGUGUGCUGGGAUUUUCCUGCCUUUUGCUUUAUUCCAGUAUUAUGCCUACGUGAGGUUCUGUGAUCCCAGCCUGGAGGAGCCUGUUCCCAAGCCACUGCUGCAGCUGGCUCUGGACAAGGGCUAUCGACUGCCAUCCACCCAGGGGAUUCCCCCUCCUUGGUGCUCCCAGAGAUUCCCUGUGGUCUAUUCCUAUAUUCAAGACACUUACUGGAAUGUGGGCUUUCUCAGGUAUUUUGAGCUCAGACAGAUCCCAAAUUUCUUGCUUGCUUUUCCUGUCACAUUUCUGGGCUGCUGGGCUGCCUGGACCUUUGUCAUCACAAACCCCCGGCACUGCCUGACCCUUGGUCUAGAGAGAAGAAAGAGUGAAGAAGAAGGCAAACCAAGAGCUGGAUUUUGUUCCUCUGCUGUCUUCGUGUACGUGGUUCAUGCCACUGUCCUGCUGGUGUUUGGAUUCUUCUGCAUGCACGUUCAGGUGCUGACCCGCUUCCUUGGCUCCUCCUCUCCUGUCCUGUACUGGUUCUGUGCUCACCUGCUCCAGGAGCACGAACCUUUGCUCUGGAAUGAAGGGACUGAUGGUCAAACCACAGCACCUUGCACCAAGAAACCUGGACAAUCUCCUGAUUCCUGCAGGGAAGGGCCUUCUGGAAACCCUCUCAUGAAGCUGCUGCUGGGCUACAGAUGCAUCACCCCCCUCAGCAAGUGUGUCCUGGGAUUCUUCCUGUCCUACUGGCUGCUGGGCCUGGUUCUGCACUGCAACUUCCUGCCGUGGACGUAG